UUUCUGAAAGCAACACAACCGUCACCCCGCUUUACAUGCUGUUUUUGAAUGGUAACGACUACAUAAACAGACGUUGCGCCGUUUAUCUUGAUUGUCGGGUUCUUUCUUUCAGUAAAUCAAUUUCAGAUGGAUUUAGAAGGUGGAACAUACGAGCCGGGAUUUGUUGGAAUACGAUUUUGUCAAGAAUGUAACAACAUGUUGUACCCAAAGGAAGACAAAGAGAACCGCAUCUUGCUGUAUGCGUGUAGAAACUGUGACUAUCAGCAGGAGGCUGACAACAGCUGCAUCUAUGUCAACAAGAUCACCCACGAAGUUGAUGAACUGACACAAAUCAUUGCUGAUGUAGCCCAGGAUCCAACGCUGCCGAGAACAGAGGACCACCCCUGUCCAAAAUGCGGUCACAAGGAGGCAGUGUUCUUCCAGUCUCACAGUAUGAAGGCUGAGGAUGCUAUGCGUUUGUAUUACGUCUGCACGGCCCCUCAUUGUGGACACCGGUGGACAGAGUAGCACCUGUACGAUCAUGAAGAGCUCCAUCAUUUGCCUCUAAUGGCAGGAUUUCUACCCUAGCAUGUGGACAAGUCCCAAAUGGUCCAAGCAAGUAGGAACCAUGUGAUGGAUUUAUAUAUAUAUAUAUAUAUAUAUAUAUAUAUAUAUAUAUAUAUAUAUAUAUUGAUACUGACAACCACUUUCUGGAUAGGAUAUGUUUGGAAGUGAUCAGUUUCAGUUAUAGAUUUGUAGAAUCUGUUUUUAGGUUUGGUCUGUAAUUAAACUUUUUUUUUUAUUAAAAAAAUUAAAAAGUUCAGCUUGUGUUAUUUCUUCACAAAACUUUCUUAGUGCACUUGUUUAAAUUUAGGACAUUUUAUUUAAAAUAUUGAACCAUUGAGUCCAGCUUGGCUUAUGUUCUGAAUUUAAACUGUUUUUGUGAGAGGAAGAACAUGGAAGAUUUUCUCUAAUCCACAAAGAGUUGCAAUUGCGCAUAUACCCCACUAAACAAUGGGGAAAAUGGUGCGUGAAUCUAUGCAAUUUUUUUUAAGCCAUCAACAAACUUCUGGCAUAGUCCUGCCUGAAUAUUUGAAUUGUUUUAUUAUUGAUGCUCAUUUAAGUUGGUUUGUGUAAUCCAAAAAGUUUUAGUGCUUUCACUUUUACUUUGUAUACAUUUCAACAUUCAAGCUGUUUGAAAAGUUGAACAUUAUAAAGUCAUUCCUUCUUAUUUAUCAGUCUGUCAACUUUGUGUACCAGUACCACUAGUGGCACAGACCAUCUUUAUGAUGCUGCCACCACAAUGUUUUUCUUGCAUUUUAAAGCCCCAUUUUGACAGUUUUUGGUAGGUUGCAGACCUUAGUGGUUCCCGUUUAGUUCCUGAAAAUUCUAUGUUGACACAGUUUGGGUUUCUAAAAGUCAGAUGAACACAAACACUUAAUCAAAACUGGUUUUGAGAUGGAUCAAAGUGGUGAACCUGGAGUUUCUGGGCUGAUCUGCUCAAAACUCUGUUAAAAUGUUGUGGCUAGGCCAAAAAAAAACUCAAAGUAAAUAUUACUUUCAAUCCUGUGACUGCAUGAAAACUGCUGACAAUGAGGUUUUUGCAGAUUAACAGUAAGUUCAGCUGUACUGUACAGUCCACAUUGUCCUUGUAUUUCCUCCUUUAAUAUCUACUGUUAGAUCGUUGUGAUAAUCCUUUUUCUGCACUAACAGAAAUGAUUUUAAAGUCAAAGAUUUAGCCAAAUGAAUGGCAGAUUUAUGCUUUAACAGGAUUCAUUCACCAUUGUUCAGCACUUAUGACUGUGUUAUUUCCUAAAGUCAGAGCUCACACUAAGACUGAUGGAUUUUCCUAAUCUCUGAAUCACUGGGGGAAAUUACUUAGAUUUAGACAGAUAAGCUGCUUCAACAACAAACCAACAGAAUCAAAUAUUAAUGUGCUGCCUUCCUUGGAAAAUUCUUAAACUUAAGUUGGAUGUCUUUUCCCAAGUUGUUUUACUAGUUUUACAUCUUGAUUUG